UUCUUUUUUUUUCUUUUUUUUUUUCUCUUUUUCGCACUUUUAGUCUUUGAAAGUGACCCUAAACUUUAUCUAUUGUAUUAUGUUAGCUUUGCCCAACACAGUCACAAGAAAUUCCAUACCUCCAGGUUUCAUAGAUUUUGCUUCGUCUUCUUUUGAUGCUAUUCUCUUUCCAAACUCAAGUCAAAUCAAUACUGAUAAUGUAAAUGAUGGAAUAAUAAAGAAAAGAAAUACACACUUACCUGACCUUAUUCCAUUUAUUCAAUUAAUUACUGAUAAAUGUGACGUUCAACCAGUUCAUCUUGUCUUGGCAUUAAUGUACGUUCAAAGAUUUAGAAAGGCUCUUCCAGCUGGCUAUAAGGCUGAACCAGAGGCAGCUCAUCGUAUCUUUGUUGCAUCUCUCUUGGUUGCAAGUAAAUAUUGUGAAGAUCGUUGUUUAUCAACAAAACAUGUUGUUCAUGCUACAGGUGAUGUUUGGUCUAUUAAAGAAAUUACUAGAAUGGAACUAGCUUUCUUACGGUUCUUACAUUGGGAUCUUUAUGUAAGUCAAGAAGAAAUGACGAAAUUCCUUUGUGACUUAGGUUUUGAUAUACGUUCUAUAUUAUCGACAACAAGUGAAGAUAAUUAAUGUAUAUUCUUAUUUAAUGAUACCCUUCUCUUGUAUUUGUAUUAUGUGUAUAUUAUUAUUAUUAAAAUAAAAUUCUCACACAUUGUGAUGAUUGAUGAU